AUGGGGGUCCCAGAGCGCAGCCACCGCCAUCUGUUUGAGGCCCAGCUCCUGGCUGGCGGACCCCCGCAGGCCCAGCACGCGGCCCUGGCCCCCUGCAGCCGCAUCCAGGAGUCAGUAUCCUUUGAGGACGUGGCCGUGAACUUCACCCAAGCCGAAUGGGCUUUGGUAAAUCCUGAUCAGAGAUGCCUGUUCAGAGACGUGAUGCUGGAGACCUGCAGGCACCUGGCCUUCGUGGAAUGCAAAGUGUGUGGGGAGACCUUCAGUGUUGCCAGCCUGCUGACGUGUCACCUCAGGGAGCACCACGAGGAGAUGCUGUAUGUGUGUGAGCUCUGUGGGCAGGACUUCCUCUACCCCACGUACCUGCAGGCUCACAGCAGGAUCCAUGUUCACCUCAAGAAGGCCUUUAACUGCUCUGAGUGUGCACAGAGGUUUCAGUAUCCCUGUAUGCUGCGUGCCCACGCUAAAGUGCACUCUGGGGUGAGGCCUUUCGCCUGUGAGCAGUGUGGGAAACGCUUCAGGACUUGUUUGGACCUGCAUAAGCACAGCCCGACCCACACUGGAGAGAGGCCGUAUGACUGUGAGCAGUGUGGGAAAAGCUUCAGGACCCGCUCGACUCUGCUUCAACACAACCUCAUCCACACUGGGGAGAGGCCGUAUGACUGCGAACAGUGUGGAAAAAGCUUCAGGACUCGCUCAUAUCUGCAAAAACAUCGCCGGACCCACACCUGGGAGAGGCCGUAUGACUGCGAGCAGUGUGGGAAAAGCUUCGGUACUCGUUCGGUCCUGCAUCAGCACAGCCGGAUCCACACCGGGGAGAGGCCAUAUAACUGCGAGCACUGUGGGAAAAGCUUCAGGUCUCGCUCCAGUCUGCAUCAGCACAGCCUGAUUCACACUGGGGAGAGGCCAUAUGACUGCGAGCAGUGUGGGAAAAGCUUCAGGACCCGCUCGACUCUGCUUCAACACAACCUCAUCCACACUGGGGAGAGGCCGUAUGACUGCGAACAGUGUGGGAAAAGCUUCAGGACUCGCUCAAAACUUCUGCAUCAGCACAGCCUGAUUCACACUGGCGAGAGGCCAUAUGACUGUGAGCAGUGUGGGAAAAGCUUCAGGACCCGCUCGACUCUGCUUCAACACAACCUCAUCCACACUAGGGAGAGGCCAUAUGACUGCGAGCAGAGGCAUGUCGAGGAGCAGCUGUUUGUGUGCCACUGCAGGCAGGGUUUUGGCAGUGCUGCAACCCUGCACACGCACGUCUGCCGAACUCCCACUGGGGAGAACUGCUGA